UGCCUGACCGACCUUCUCCCACAGCCCCCAACCCAAUUUCAAUCUUCACCCCUCCCGCUUCAUCCAUAAAGAUUCCAGAUCUUCUCUCCCCACCCUCAAUUUGCAUUAUACAUUCUGCACAUUAUCUGAACAUGAUGAUGCCAAAGAUCAGAUACGAUUAGCAAAGUACAAAAAUUGAAAGGAACGAUUAGCAAUAGGCAAUCCCCAGCCCUCAAUUGCAUUCCUUUCUUUCUCCCAUUGGGUUUUCCCUCUUCUUGUUCCACGCGAUCUGGGUUUCUCUCUGUUCCCACAUUACCUGUCUGCCAGAUCUAAUCAUCCAGGCGGGCUGAUCCUUCCAUUGAUCAUAUUUGAAGGUAUAGCCUCGCUGACGACGACCAGGAGUAAAAGGAAAAAAAAAAGAUGGAGACUGAAAAGAAAUCUUCCGCAGUGUCUGAUGUCGGCGCUUGGGGCAUGAAUAUUAUAAGUUCUGUUGGAAUCAUUAUGGCUAAUAAACAACUCAUGUCCCUUAAUGGUUAUUCGUUUAGAUUCGCCACAACUUUAACUGGAUUUCAUUUUCUUGUUACUGCUUUGGUUGGAGUUGUGUCAAAUGCCACUGGGUACUCUGCAUCAAAGCAUGUGCCUAACUGGGAGCUUCUCUGGUUCUCAAUUAUUGCCAAUAUGUCGAUCACGGGAAUGAAUUUAAGUCUGAUGCUAAAUUCUGUCGGAUUUUACCAAAUAUCAAAGCUCAGCAUGAUUCCAGUUGUGUGUGUAUUGGAGUGGAUUAUUCACAGCAAGCAUUACUCGAGAGAAGUUAAAAUGUCGGUUGUGGUUGUGGUCAUAGGCGUUGGCGUAUGCACUGUAACUGAUGUUAAAGUCAAUGGAAAAGGUUUCCUAUGUGCUUGUGUCGCCGUCUUAUCCACAUCUCUGCAGCAAAUUUCCAUAGGUUCGCUGCAAAAGAAGUACUCAAUUGGGUCAUUUGAAUUGUUGAGUAAGACGGCUCCAUUUCAAGCCUUCUCUCUUCUUGCACUCGGUCCUUUUAUCGACUACUUUCUAAGCCAGAAUUCAAUAAGGGACUACAAGUGGUCUUCUGGCGCAAUUGGAUUUAUACUCCUUUCAUGCACUUUAGCCGUGUUCUGCAAUGUAAGCCAAUAUCUAUGUAUUGGACGAUUCUCAGCCGUCUCAUUCCAGGUUUUAGGUCAUAUGAAGACUGUAUGUGUCCUCACAUUGGGAUGGAUUCUGUUUGAUUCAGAAUUGACGAUGAAGAACAUAAUGGGAAUGAUUAUAGCAGUCUUAGGUAUGAUAAUCUAUAGUUGGGCAAUGGAGUCUGAGAAACAAUCUAAGGUUACUUCAAUGGCGAAAACUAGCCUGACAGAAGAAGAAAUUAUGUUAUUGAAGGAGGGAGUUGAGCGUUUUCCAGUCAAGGACCUCGAACUUGCUGUAUCGAAGGGGUAAUUUAGUACAUUCUUGCAUAAACGAUUCGAAAUUUAGAAAAGAAAAUUUAUGAUUAUUUAUAGUUUCCUUUCACGUUAAUGUUUUUAAGGGUUAUAGAUUUAGAAACUGUGAUGAUAAUCCUUUUUUUAGGGUUUAUUUAAUAUUUGUAUUAAGUAAUUUUAGGUGCAAAUAGUACAGAGGAAUUGAAUAUUGAAAUUGUUAGGGUAUGUAUGGUUAAUUGGGGUAUAAUUUCUACAGUUUUCUAUUU